UUCUUCUGCUCAAAAACUUAUCCCCUCUCUUUCUCUCUCUCUGCUCCGCCGGACAUGGCUUCUCAGACGGCCAACCUGUGGGUUCUCCUGGGGCUCGGCAUCGCCGGGAUUGUGCUGGUGACGAGGAAGCUGAAGCGCGCCGUCCGGGCGGACUUCGGCGCCUUCGUCCGCCGGCUCCACCUCCUCCCUCCGCCGCAGCCCGCUCCCCCCAAAGCUCCCCACCCGCUCACCGGCCUCGCCUUCGCCGUCUCCGACGUUUUUGAUAUUGAGGGAUGUGUAACGGGGUUUGGCCAUCCCGACUGGGAGAAGACGCACGAAGCAGCCGCUCGAACAUCGACAGUCGUGUCCACGCUCGUCGAAGGAGGUGCUACUUGUGUUGGGAAAACUGUUGUUGACGAAAUGGCGUUUGGUAUAAGUGGAGAAAAUAAGCAUUACGGUACACCCACAAAUCCUGCAGCGACUGCACGGGUACCCGGAGGAUCCUCCAGUGGAGCUGCUGUGGCUGUUGCCGCAAAUCUUGUUGACUUCUCUUUAGGUAUUGAUACUAUAGGUGGUGUGAGAGUGCCAGCAGGAUAUUGCGGUGUCAUAGGCUUCAGAUCAUCACAUGGCACUAUUUCGAACAUGGGAGUUCUACCAGUCUCGACAAGUUUGGACACAGUGGGCUGGUUUGCGAAGGAUCCUUCUAUUCUGCGCCGAGUUGGCCAUGUGCUGCUGCAAGUUCCAUUUGCAGUUCAACGUAAUCCGAGACAGAUGAUAAUAGCUGAGGAUUGUUUUCAGUUGUUAAAGAUUUCUGUAGACAGGGUUGUUCAGGUGGUUGUUAAAGCAACGGAGAAGCUGUACGGAAGGCAAAUUUUGAAGCAUGAAAAUCUGGAGUCCUAUUUCAAUUCUAAAGUUCCUAGCUUGAAAGCAUUUCCUGCCAAGAAAACUAAUGGUGAAUUGAAAAGGUCUUCUAUUAGAGAUCUUGCAGAAGUUGCGAUGUUUGUUCAAAGGCAUGAGUUCAUUACUAAUCAUGAAGAAUGGAUCCAUUCUGCAAAUCCUAUUCUGGAUGCUGUCAUCUCAAAGCAGUUGCAUAACACGCCACAGGCAGCAGAAGUGGACGUUGAUAAUUGCAGAUUAAUUAGGAAUGAAUUGCGAUCAGCUAUCAACUCACUGUUGAAGGAUGAUGGAAUUCUGGUUAUUCCUACCGUUGCUGACCCUCCUCCAAAACUCGGGGCGAAAGAGCUGCAAUCAGAAGACUACCAGAGCCGCGCUUUUAGUUUGUUGAGUAUUGCCAGCGUGUCUGGCUGCUGUCAGGUCUCAGUACCAGUGGGAUUUCAUGACAAGUCUCCUGUCUCUGUGUCUCUCAUAGCAAGGAACGGGGGGGAUCGAUUUUUAUUGGACACAGUUAAUGCCAUGUAUGCAACCUUGCAAGAACAGGCUGACAUAGCCAGCAAGUCAAAACUGACAAAAAACGCUGUCACACAGGAAGACUCAGCUGAAAUUGCAAAAGAGAAGGGAAACCAAGCUUUUAAAGAAAAACAGUGGCAGAAGGCAAUUAGUUUUUAUACGGAAGCUAUCAAGCUAAGUGGCAAUAAUGCUACAUAUUACAGUAACAGGGCAGCAGCAUAUCUAGAACUCGGAAGUUUUCUUCAAGCAGAGGCAGAUUCUACAAAAGCCAUCAGUCUUGAUAAAAAGAACAUAAAGGCCUACUUACGACGAGGCACAGCGAGAGAGAUGCUUGGCUACUACAAGGAAGCAAUUGAAGACUUCAACUAUGCACUUGUUCUCGAACCAACAAACAAAAGAGCGUCACUUUCUGCUGAGCGAUUGAGGAAGUUUUUUCUGUAGUCAUAAACUGGUCUGGCCGAGCUUCUGGGAUUUUUGAGUGCGAGGUUCUCAUCUUGCAUCCUGCACCAGUUCUGUUUUGCAUCAAGGAAUCCAAUUUACUGAUACAGCCACCCCCAUGCACGGUUCAUCAGUUAAUCUUGAAUGUCGACAUUCUAUUCAGCGUGCUAGGUAGGAAAGAGAACCAUUUUUUCACCCUCAUGGUAGAGUCAAGAGGUCAAAAGAGGAUACAAGUUCUUGAAUUCUUGGUCAGCAGGUCUUGGUCCUUGUCGAGCCAAUUUGUAUGUAUGGUCCAAUUUUGUUUUGUUUGAUAUACUACAUUUGAGUUGGUAAUUCGAGCUUUGAGGCAUGAUCUUUGUUUGUUCAA